GUGUAGAUUGUUCCCCAACAAAGCCCUAGAAUCCCUAAUCCAAUCCCCUCCGUCUCCAGCGUCUGCCGAUGGGGCUCUUAUCGUGGUGGAAGGGUUCCCGCCGCGGCACGGCGGACACGCCGAAUCCGCAGCAGCCGAACGGAGCGGGAGGCGCGGAGGCCCAGGUGGCCGCCGCCGGCCCGCAUGGGGCGGUGGAGGUGCGGCGGCAGCGGCAGCCGGACGCGACGGUCUUCGAGUUCGGGUCGGCGGCGGAGUCCGGCACCGCCGUGACGCUCGCGGGCUACUGCCCCGUCUCCGACGAGCUCGAGCCGUGCCGCUGGGAGCUCGUGCCCGCCACCGGCGAGGGCGCGCCGCAAUUCCGCAUCGUGUUCUGAGCACCCCUGUGGUGCGGCCCGAGCUGUCGUGGUAUCUUGGGCUUUACCAGGUUUCAUAGGGGAUAAAGGUUUCAUCAUUGGCUGUAUACUGGUACUUGUGAGCUUCUUGAAAUAAAACUUGAGAUGUUGAUGAA